GUCCACGGCGACGACGUGUCGCCCCGCGCGAGCUCCGGUCGGGUCGCCCUCGCGCCACGUGGAGGUCACCUCCCAUUUCCUCGUCUCCCACGACGAGGUGUUCGUCCGUGCUCAGCAGCAGCAGGAGGAGGAGGAGGAGAACCACAAGACCAAAACCAACCAUGGGCGCGGGCGUGGCGCGCACGGCGUGGCGCCACGUGACGCCCGGCGCGCGCGCGCGUCCGGUCCUCCAUUAUAGGGGGGGAGGGGGGACACGAGCGAGCUCCGCGUUCCCCGGAUCGAUCGCCAUCCUCUUCUUCUUCCUCCUCCGUCGUUCGCGUGCAUGCGUGAGGUGCUCCUCCUCGGCUCGUUGGUGGUUCUCGCCUUGUUGUCGCUGUUCCCGUGCUGCUCCUGUCUCUCGCAGGGAGCGGAGGAGGAGGAGGACGACGGCGAGGUGCGCUUGAUGGGGCUCGCCGGAGAGGCCGCUGGCUCGCCUGGCAGUGGCGGCGGGUUCAGUGCAAAUGGUAAAUUUAGCUAUGGUUAUGCGAGCUCUCCUGGAAAAAGAUCCUCCAUGGAGGACUUCUAUGACACCAGAAUUGAUGGUGUCGAUGGAGAGACCGUUGGACUGUUUGGUGUCUUUGAUGGUCAUGGUGGAGCUCGAGCAGCAGAAUUCGUCAAGCAGAACCUCUUCACCAAUUUAAUCAAGCACCCAAAGUUAUUCAGUGAUACCAAGUCUGCAAUUGCUGAAACUUACACUAGCACGGACUCUGAACUUCUGAAAGCUGAAACCAGCCACAAUCGAGAUGCAGGGUCGACUGCCUCCACUGCAAUUCUCGUAGGCGACCGUCUGCUCGUUGCAAAUGUUGGAGAUUCUAGGGCUGUCAUUUGUAGAGGAGGAGAUGCUAUAGCUGUGUCAAGAGACCACAAGCCUGAUCAGUCAGACGAGAGGCAGAGGAUAGAGGAUGCUGGUGGUUUUGUGAUGUGGGCUGGAACAUGGCGCGUGGGUGGUGUUCUUGCUGUCUCUCGAGCAUUUGGUGACAAACUCCUGAAGCAAUAUGUGGUUGCUGAUCCAGAGAUCAAGGAGGAGGUGGUCGACAGCUCUCUCGAGUUCCUCAUCCUUGCUAGUGAUGGCCUCUGGGACGUGGUGACCAACGAGGAAGCUGUGGCCAUGGUGAAGCCAAUUCUGGAUUCAGAGCAGGCUGCAAAGAAGCUCCUCCAGGAGGCCUCACAGAGGGGAAGCGCAGACAACAUCACCUGCCUCGUCGUCCGUUUCUUGGAGCAGGAGAAUCACCUGCCAGAGAGACCGACGAAUGAUCAAGCCUCCUAACAUAUCAAUCAUAGCUCUCUUCCAUACACACCGUUCUUCAUUGCUCUUGCAAGUUUCUUCGACCUUAUGGUUGUCUUGUGCCAAGCAGAUGAUGCAUCUGUCAUAAGUGUCAUCUGUGGAUGCUGCUGUAGCUGAACAUUGUAACUUGUCGGGGGAUGUGUUUUUUGCCAUCUCCUUCGUUGCUUGCGUUGCCCUGAUCUUGUUUGAGGGCAACUUGCAAUCGCAGGUUAAGUGUUGGUCCUCAAUCAUAUGAUGUAGCUUUCUACUAAACUUGAUGUAAUGAUAUGUGUGCCAUUCUAGAGA